CAAAAAACACACGGUGCUCUUUACUGUCGCUGCAGGCGCUAAAUUCUAAUUAUACGGUUAAAUAGGGGCAUUAAAUCCACCUCAUACACAUGACCCACACUUGUGACAAAUCAACCAGGUGACACAGACCGGAUUGGAAAAUCAAUUUGAGCAAUUUGAGGGUGUUUUUUGCGGUAAGCUGUUUUUUUUUUUAGUUUAGGUAAUAAGAUCGUGAUGAAGUCUGUCCCCAGUCUUGGGCCGGUUACGCAACAAGUCUGUGAUCGCACAACCGGAUGGAUCCACGACAGCUGACAGGACUGACUCGGGAGAUAUUUUUUUUCUCACUUUACAACGUUUUUAUUACCAUCCAGGCAUUUUUCUCAUUCGGAAAUAGUGAUGCUCUUGGUCACAUACAUUGUAUAGUGGAAUAAUAAGGCUGUUUCUGUAGCCCAAUUAGACGGAUCAUGGCGGAGGAGGCGCUCAGCACAGCAGGAGGUGACUGUGGCUCUUCAGCUCCACCUGACGACACCGACUCGUUCCUCAGCGACGAAUACGAGUGUAAAAUCUGCUACAACUACUUCGACCUGGACCUCCACCUUCCCAAAGUGCUCUCCUGCUCGCACACCUUCUGCCAGCAGUGCCUCGAAGCGCUGCACCUCCGGGAGGGUCGAGGAUGGAGAGUCGGCUGCCCGGUGUGUCGCCACCGAACCCCGGUGCCGGAGUACCGGGUUCGCAACCUGCCCGACAACAGCGAGCUGAUUGAGUCGCUGCCGCUUAAAAAGAAGCCUCUGGACUCAUCCAUAAACACAGAUUCAGGUCCAGCCGUCUCUUCCUCUUCGGCUCCCUCCGGAGAGAGCGACGACAGCAGCUGUCAGACUUGCAAACAAGUUGCGUUCAUGACCGGCUGCGUGUGCGCCAUCUUCUCCUUCCUCUCCAUGGUGGUGCUCUUGUUUCUGGGCCUCAUCUUUGUGCACAACUUCAAUCACACGACGUGGCCAGUCGGACCAGUCUGUCUGUUUGUCGCCAGUGUCCUCGCCCUGCUCUCGCUCAUUCUCACUUGGUUAAUGUGCAUGUUGAAAUACAGACCUGAAACUGAAGCCAGCCACUUCAGUUCCCUCACUUCUAUGUGAUCCUCUGUCUGGCUGCUGCAGAGAGCUUAUAUAGCCUGGUCAGUAGCAUUAAAGGGACAUCUGGUUAUUUAUUUCAGUGUGCUUAUAUAGACAUCCUUAAAGAUGUCUUUUAGUCACUGUUUGUGAACAUGGACGAAUGAAUUCAGGAUCCUGGUGUUAUAGUGGAGCAGAUAGUGGAAAAAUCAUGCAAAUAGAUAAUACAUUUUUGCUUUUUUGUCCUUAAAAAAGAACUGAUUAAUCGAUUAUCAAAAUAGUUGGCGAUUAAUUUAAUGGUUGACAACUAAUCGAUUAAUCGUCGAAGCUCUAAUCCAAACGUAUUGUAUAAUUUACUUUUACUCUACUGUAUAUACUGUAAAUAUAGUUGAAAUGGUUAAUGGACUACACACAGUAGAUAGUAGCCAGGUUUUGCUUGAGCAAUGAUGCUCAUACAAUCAUACCAAAGUAGAAAUCUGGAGUCAUAUCAGACAAAAAGCACAGAUAACAACAUUAAUGAUGUCUCUGUUCUAUUCAAGUGUCCCAGUAAGUCAUGGCAGUAUGAUAGUGAGCCCGCAUGCACAAUACCGAUGUUACACCGAAAUCUGUGACUGCAGAGAGCCAGCAACACAUUCUGGCGGCUGUUGUCAUAAAAUGUGACCCCCACUGUACCUGUCUUUUACUUUUCUUUUAGAGUUUUGUGAAUAUAUCUUUAAAUUAAAAAAUACUUGUAUGUUUUUUAACCAUUUAGUUGUGUGUGUUUUCUGUCGCUAUUUGCCUCAUUUAUGAUACAGGAACCAGUGGGGGUCACAUUUUCAUUAACAAUAGCCGUCAGAAAUGAUGACCUCAUAUGUUGCUGGCUCUCUGCGGUGACAGAUUUCGGUAUAAUAGUGGAGCGGAUAACAUAAAUUUUUCAAUCAAAUCGUGCAAAUAGUGAUACAAGCACCAAAUGUGGCAUGAUGAUUCCCGAGGGGACGCUCAGCAAAUAUGAAGGAUCUGCCACUUGAAAAUCCAAGAUGGCCAAAUUGACCUGCCAACAAUGGUUUCUCUCAUAGAAAUUCAUCUACUUGGUCGAGUAGGGGAUCAUUAGUCCAAAGUUUCCUUCCCUGAAAGACCGGAUAAGCAGAAAUAUGACAAGCUCCAUAUCCAACACCAGGUGCUAGAACUGGAACUGUGGACUCAAGCCGAGAAAAGAAAGCAAAGACUCAGUGAACGUCCAGAAAGUAAGAAAAAACUUAUUGUAGGAUGUUAAAGCUGUAAAAAAUUAGAUCAAGCAUACCAGAAAACAUAUAACUCUACAUCACUCAUUCAAAUUGACCAAUUACAUGCAUUUCCUUAAGAAAAACAUUCCGCUCCACUAUUACACCGAAAUCUGUGACUGCAGAGAGCCAGCAACAUAUGAGGUCACCAUUUCUGAAGGCUAAUGUCAGAAAAUGAGACCCCCACUGUUCCUGUAUAAUAAAUGAGGCAAAUAGUGACAGAAAACGCACAAAACUAAAUGGUUAAAAAACAUACAACUAUUUUUUAUUUAAAGAUAUAUUCACAAAACUCUAAAAGAAAGUAAAAGACAGGUACAGUGGGGUCACAUUUUCUAACGACAGCCGCAAGAAAUGGUGACCCGAUGUGUUGCUGCCGGCUCUCUGCGGUCACAGAUUUCGGUGUAACGUCGGUAUUGUGCGUGCUGGCUCACUAUCAUACUGCCAUGACUUACUGGGACACUUGAAUAGAACAGAGACAUCAUUAUUGUUAUUAUCUGUGCUUUUUGUCUGAUAUGACUCCAGAUGUCUGCUGUGAAAAAGGCCUAUAGUUUGGUAUGAUUGUAUGAGCAUUGUGGCUCAAGCAAAACCUGGCUACUAUCUACUGUAUGUAGUCCAUAAAACAUUUAAACUAUAUUUACAGUAUAUACAGUAGAGUAAAAGUAAACUAUACAAUAUGUUUGGAUUAGAGCUGCAACGAUUA